GCCGCGGCGCCCUCCUGGGCAGCGAGCGAGGGCUGUCGGCGGCCAUCCGCGCCGCCCGCCCCCGCCUCCUCUUCCACGUCUCCGCGGCAGGUCUGAGCCCUUCGGAUCAUGCAGCAAGGAGCCCUUCUCUUCCUCCUGGUUACUCUGCUUGGAACUUGACCUGGGUCAUGAGAGAUACAUCCCCUUUCUUCUCCCACAGAGGACGACACAUAUUUGACUGCAACUUUGAAUCUCCUUGUGAGCUGGAAUAUUCCUUUACCUCAAAAGAUCAGGAAACCCCCAACAAUGCCUGGGUCAGACUGAAUGCAGAGGCAGUCUCACAGCUAAACCUCCCAGAUGGGCUGGAGAGAGAUCACUCUGAGAGCACACCCAAAGGUUCCUUUCUGUUUCUCAAUGCAUCAGAGAGGCCAAGCCCCACCAUCCUGAGCCCUUGGCUGAGAAGCAACAGUGAUCAGUGUGUAGUUCAAGUGGCUGUGUACAAGUUUUACCAGCAGAGUGGAGAAUAUAUUGCUCGUGUCCAUCCCAUUGAUGAGAGCAGCAGUGAAAUCCUAUUAGAGGAGAGUCCAGAGAAACAAGGAUGGGUGUUGCUUCAAAGGAGAGUUGGACACCUGGAGAAACCAUUUCGGAUCUCACUGGAGUAUAUUCCUAAUGGGAACAAGAGUGUGGCAGCUGUGGAUUCCUUUGCCAUGAAGAACUGCAGUUCAGGAUCUGCUUCUCUCUCAAAAAUGGCUCUGGAGGGUUCCUUCAGCUGCUGGAAUGGAACAGUGAUCAGGCUGGGGCAGGCAUGUGACUUCAUCCAGGACUGUGCUGAGGGAGAAGAUGAGGGAGAUAUGUGCAGAAAGCUUCCCUCUGGCUUUUACUGUUCGUUUGAAGAAGAGGAUUGUGGCUGGAUGCCAGGCUCCUCUGUGUCCCAUCCUUCUCCAUGGCGCAUUGGACGCCCAGAGCACAACCGUUUGCCUUCGAUAGAAGGUUGUGCACUCCUCCUUAACACCAGCAAGGCACCAGCAGUUGCAAAGACUGUCAUGACCAGCAUGUCAUUUCCAGCUCCUUUGAGAAACUCCCCCUGUGAGCUACGAAUGUCAUGGCUCAUCCAUGGUGUCUUGCUGGGAAAUGUAUCCCUGGUGCUGGUCGAGAACAAGACAGGAAAGGAGCAGAGCUGGACAUUCUGGCAUUCAGAGAACAGCGAAGGUUUGGGAAUAUGGCAGUGGAUGAUCUUACCUCUCCCAGAGAUACUGGAUAGGUUUUGGUUUCAGAUCACUGCUUCAUGGGAAGAAGGCUCUGAUGCCAUUGUUGCUUUUGACAAUGUCUCCCUUAGUCUGGACUGUUAUUUAACAAUCAGUGGAGAGAAGACACUUCGAGGUACCCCUCCAGACUCAAGCAAUUUGCUCACCAUUAGAGGUCGCCAGAAGAAGUUUGGAUGGGAACAAAAGCUCCUGGGAAAUCUCCAGCUCAGCAGUGCCCCCUUUUCUGAUCCAGCAGAUCAGUGGUUUUUCACAACCUGUGGUGCCAGUGGACCCUAUGGCCCCACACAGAGCCAGUGCAAUGACGCCUACAGGAACUCCAAGCUCAGAGUGGUGGUGGGAGCUGAAGGGAUUCUCCAAGGCAUUCAGAUCUGGAGAGUACCAGCAACCAACACAUACAGCAUCUCAGGCUAUGGAGCUGCAGGUGGGAAAGGAGGGAAGAACACCAUGGUGCGGUCCCACGGAGUGUCUGUGCUGGGAAUUUUUGACCUCCAGAAGGAUGAUACACUGUAUAUCUUGGUGGGACAGCAAGGAGAAGAUGCUUGUCCUAGUACUAAUGAUGUUAUUCAGAAAGUCUGCAUUGGAGAGAACAACGUGAUCGAAGAAGAGAUCCGUGUGAACAGAAGUGUCAAUGAAUGGGCAGGAGGAGGUGGAGGCGGGGGCGGUGCCACUUACAUAUUUAAGAUGGAGAAUGGAGAACCGGUCCCCUUGAUAAUUGCAGCAGGGGGUGGUGGCAGGGCCUACAGGGCCAAAACGGACACAUUUCAUCCAGAAAGACUGGAGAAUGAUUCCUCUAUUCCAGGGUUGAAUGGAAAUUCAGGAGCUGCAGGUGGUGGAGGUGGCUGGAAUGAUAACACUUCCUUCCUGUGGUCAGGAAAAUCCUUGCUGGAAGGUGCUACUGGAGGAAGAUCCUGCCCCCAGGCCAUGAAGAAGUGGGGGUGGGAGACAAGAGGGGGUUUCGGAGGGGGUGGAGGGGGGUGCUCCUCAGGUGGAGGAGGCGGAGGAUAUAUAGGUGGCAAUGCUGCAGUGGACAAUGACCCAGAGAUGGAUGGGGAGGAUGGUGUGUCCUUUAUUAAUCCAAUUGGUACUUUAUACACUCCAGCACUUAAAGUGACAGAGGGGCACGGAGAGGUGGAAAUUAGGCUGCACCUUAAUUGCAGUCACUGUGAGAUGGACGAGUGCCAUGUUGAUCUUGAGACUCAAAAAGUCAUUUGCUUUUGUGAGCCAGGCACAGAGUUGGCUGAGGAUGGUGUGUCUUGCACAGCUGAGCCAGUGGUUCGUCUCCCUUUCUCCUUGGUCUUGUCUGUAGUGACUUCAGCAUUGGUGGCUGCUUUAAUUUUGGCUUUUUCAGGAAUCAUGAUAGUGUACCGCCGCAAGCACCAGGAGCUGCAAGCCAUGCAGAUGGAGCUGCAGAGCCCAGAGUACAAACUGAGCAAGCUGCGUACCUCCACAAUCAUGACAGACUACAACCCCAACUACUGCUUUGCAGGAAAGACCACAUCCAUUAGUGACCUUAAAGAGGUGCCUCGAAAAAACAUCUCCCUCAUCCGGGGUUUGGGCCACGGAGCCUUUGGUGAGGUAUAUGAAGGUCAGGUGACAGGGAUCCCCAGCGACCCCACUCCCUUGCAGGUGGCUGUGAAAACAUUGCCAGAAGUGUGUUCAGAGCAAGAUGAGCUCGACUUCCUCAUGGAAGCUCUCAUUAUUAGCAAGUUCAACCACCAGAACAUCGUGCGCUGUAUCGGGGUGAGCUUGCAGGCCCUGCCCCGCUUCAUCCUGCUGGAGCUGAUGGCUGGAGGAGACCUGAAAUCCUUCCUGAGGGAGACACGGCCGAGACCGGUAAGGGAAGACUCCAUGUGAGCAUUGCAGAACUCUCAGAAUCAGGCCCGUGACAUUGCUUGUGGGUGUCAGUACCUGGAGGAGAAUCACUUCAUCCACAGGGAUAUUGCUGCCAGGAACUGCCUCCUUACCUGCCGAGGGCCUGGGAGAGUGGCUAAGAUUGGAGACUUUGGAAUGGCCCGGGAUAUAUACAGAGCCAGCUACUAUCGUAAGGGUGGGUGUGCAAUGUUGCCUGUCAAAUGGAUGCCUCCUGAGGCUUUCAUGGAAGGGAUAUUUACAUCAAAAACAGACACAUGGUCCUUUGGUGUACUGCUGUGGGAGAUAUUCUCUUUGGGAUACAUGCCCUAUCCCAGCAAAAGUAACCAGGAGGUUCUGGAGUUUGUCACCAAUGGAGGAAGGAUGGAUCCACAAAACUGCCCUGGCCCUGUCUACCGCAUUAUGACCCAGUGUUGGCAGCACCAGCCUGAGGACCGGCCAAACUUCGCCAUAAUCCUGGAGAGGAUUGAGUACUGCACUCAGGACCCCGAUGUCAUCAACACCUUGCCAGUGGAAUACGGCCCAUCGGCUGAGGAGGAGGAGAAGGUGGCAAUGCGCCCUGACGAUCCAGAAGGAAUUCCUCCUCUCCUGGUAUCAACACACCAAGACAGAAAGGAUGAUAAGCAAACCCUGCCAUCUCCACCAUCCUUGCCAUCAGCCGUCACCACUGGAAAACCUCUAGGGAAAGUGGGAGCCUUGGAACAGCCAGUACCAGCAGGGAAGGUGCAGUCAGGCACAGGAGGGGACACAUCAACAUGGCCUAGUGCCCAGUCCAAUCCCCCUUCUGAGCUUCACAAAAGCCGGGGCUCCAGAAACAAGCCCACCAAUCUCUGGAAUCCAACCUACGGUUCCUGGUUUGCAGAGAAGCAGGCCAGCAAAAACAGUUCUCUGCUGGAGAAGGAGAGGCCCAAGAGGGAGAAUUUGGGACAGGAAGGAAACUGUACUGUGGGGCCAACAUUAGUGACUGGCAGGCUGCCAGGCUCCUCCCUGCUCUUAGAGCCAUCUUCCCUAACCGCAAGUGUUAAAGAAGUGCCUCUCUUUAGGCCGCACUUCCCCUGUGGGAAUGUCAACUAUGGGUACCAACCAGGCUUACCCCUGGAAAACUCACACCACACUUGCGCUAGCAGUUACGAGGAUCCUGUCCUUAGAAACAAGAGCCACAUAACCCAGCAGGGGCCCUGAGAGCCCUCGACCCUCUCUUGACUUUUUCCCCCCUGUGGGCCCCUGAGCCUUGAAGAGAUGUCCUGUUACCCAACACACCAUGAGCAAGGCGUCGGACAGCAUCACCUCCUAUUUUGUGCAAACUUGCUCCAAAAGUGCCACCCUUGACCGCUGUAAUUUCUACUAACCCGAGAGGCUUCAAACCACCGGAGCCCAGUAGAGUCAAAGGAACAGGGGGAGGGAGGAUGCAGGGAACUGCUGUUAACUGCAAGGCCCAGCUGCUGUUGCAUCAACUCAUCCGCAUGGUUGUCGUCAUGCCCUUCCUGUGAGCUUUUCCCAGUUGUGCGUCCUCUGCUUCUGUGUCAAGCCGCGGCUCGCUGCCAUGAGUGUUUCAUGUCUGGGCUUUUCUGUGCCAAACUUGUCGUUGCUGUGGAAGACUUGAAGGUCUCCUGCUGCUGGCAGAACUUGUAGUUGAGUUUGGGAAGAGUGUCCUCUGUCCAAACCCGAAAACAAUACGACAGCGCUGAAUGGUGACACGAUGGCACAUUCUCAAGUAUUGUUCCAGCUACAAUCCAUUUGUCAAAAGUCCUGGAAUGCACGGUGUUUUGGGGUUGCUGGCAGGGCAAUGGAAGAAACCCUGGUCAACUGCAUCACUUGAAGGGGAGAGGAGAGGAAGCAGAGGAUGGGUGUAGAUGAUAUGAGGCAUUCAGGGGGUGGGCAUUGCUUGGCCUGUGGUUUUCUUUGGUUUGUUUUUGUUUACCUAUGCUUAAGCACCAGAACCAAGUAAAGCCCUUUAAAAUUCCUUCUAUUCUACAAAAGUAGAAAUGUCCUUCAUGAGGAACAUGUGAAUGUCAAGUGGAAUCAAGGUGAAGUUUUAAAGGACUAUGGUCAUGAGAGGGACUUUCACCAUGUCCUGAAAAUGGACAUCCACCUGCAUACCUCGAAGGCUUGAAAGAGACUUUGACAUACCCUCUACGAUCAAAACACCAUAAAGACAGAGACUACAUUGUGCCACUGUCUGGAAGCCAGAUACUGUCUGUAUUGAAGGGUUUAGAGCCCUCUUUCCUUUGACAAAAAUAAGUGUAGGAUAGUGGUUUAAGGACAAACACUCCAUUGACUCACUUUGUACACCCCAUGCAUGAAAAGUAUUCCAGUUAAGUGUAUUGUCAAAACAUAGAUGUAGGAAAUAAUUCAUGUGUAAAGAUGUGCAUUAGUAACUUCAGCUUAGGGUUGGGAGGAGCUGUUUUAGCAUGAACGCUAUCCAAAAAAGGGGUGCUUAUUUCCAUAGAAAUGGGAGUACUGGAGCAUCAGCAAAGGAGUGGGAAGGUGUUCUUCAGUCUGAGACUCCUAGUUUCAGUGAAGUGACCUGAGUCUGGCUCUGGAUCCAAAUCUUGAGUGGAAAAGCGGGAAGCAGUAUGAUCUACAAGAUGUAAAGCACAACUGGGAAAAACCCUGUGCUACCCCACUUUUGCUGUGACAAUGGCUUAUUUCCAUGUGGAUGUUACCUGGUUUCCUAUAGAAGAUAAGUAGUUUCUGAUUCUGUGAGCUGCUGGAGGUAAACUAGGUUCGGAUGCCUGUCUCUCUACCUUUCCAGUUGUCCCAUCAUCUUCCCUUCUGCCACUGAACCUUGUUUCUCCACCAUGUGCCUGGGAAUGAAGCGAGGGCAGGAGCGAGGGUGGUUCUGCUCCCUGGAGGCGCAGUGAGGGAGCGGGGUGGGAGAGGGGCUUGGCCACAGCGAGAGGAGGUGCAGGGACCACAGGUGGGAAGCCCCAGAGCUGCGUGAAUUCGGCUGGAUCGGUCUCGGACAGCGGUGCCGGACCGUGGGUGUUUCUGGCUCCGCGGGAGCAGCCACAGCACACGAGGAACAGGGAAUGACCGCUGCCACUUUGCAUGUCUGCUCCUGGUACUGCGCCGGCUUCUGGGGGAUGAGAACCUUGACACGGGAAUAGCAUAAAACAGCCUUCCACAGCAGCAAAGACAUCGCCAUUCGUCCUGUCCCAGAGGUAAACCCAUCACAGGGAAACGUCCCAAGUGUUGCAUCUGGCUUCUUUUAGUACCGAGCUUCAUUAUAGGAGUGUCUGUCUCAUGUACAGUUUAUGCAACAUUGUUUGUAAAGGAAGGGCCUGUGCACUUCAGGGAUACUAUGAAGAAAAAUACUAAUAUAUGGUCAUUGAGUAUUUUGUAUUGAAUAGUGUAUUUGUAUUGUAAACAAGUGUAGUGAACCACAAGGCAUGAAGACAAAUAAAGUGACAGUAGCUGGA